CACUCCUUCCGUGUCAUGGUAUCGGCCGACAACGUCCAUCUGGAUGUCCUAGAGCUCAUCUUCGCGUACCUCUCUGGCUCUGACCUCGCGUCCAUCGCGCUGGUCAGCCGCUCGUUUUUUGCCGGCGUCAUUCCGCGACUUUACUCCACACUUCUCUUCCGCCUCACACACGCGAAGCGGUAUAUGAGUAUCAUCUCUCCGUUUGCUGCUGUCGCGCUACAUCCAGAGCUUGGGGUCCAUGUCAGGUAUAUUGAUAUACGGACGGUUCCGAUAGUCAAGUCACAAUACCACCCCAAAUUUCUCAAGGAAACCACAUUAGCCCUUUCUCUCUGCCCCAACAUAAUCUCCUUCCGCUGCAGUACGCCUGCGUUACCGCCAUUCAUCAGCACCUUACAGUCGAAGGGCCGGCUUCGGGACCUGCGGAUAAAUGCAACGCUGACGAGCGAGCAGUCCACGAUGCUGGUGAAGCUGGAGGGGAUACGAAACCUUACGCUGGAUUUUGCAAGCUGGAAUCUGCUGAAUAUGUUACCCAAGUGGACGGGGUCACUGACUGGGUUGACGACAUUGACACUAUUUAUGGCACAAGAGCUCAAUGAUAUUGUCCUCGAGUCAGUCGUCCAGCAGCUUCCAGCGUUGGUUGGUCUCCAUGUGGUUGGCUGCUCCAAAGUCGACCAUGUCGUCGUGCUUGGGUUGCUUUCGCACACACCAGACUUGCAAAGCCUUUCUAUGACCACGGGGGAAGGCAAUCGUAUUCUUCCAACCCCACCUCCCCACCUCCCACAUCUCCGUCAUCUUGCACUGGACACCCGUCUCUCUGCGUCCCAGCCGCCAAGCACCACAGUUAUAUCCUCCAUCCUUACUUACUUGUCCCCUCCCGGACUCGGCUCAUUACCGGCCACAACGUCGACCUAUACUUUCGACUUUUCCGCUCCGCCACCGACGCUUCCCCUUCCCUCGAUGGGCCCACGCCUCGAAUCAUUCAUUGUCAGAUAUCCCGACCGUCAGAUGAGCAUCCCUGCCACCCUCACCACUCAGCUCGCGGCAAUGCAUGGCUCGAGCCUCAGGAGUGUCAGCUUCAUCGACUGUGUGCUUGGGGUCCACGACGCGUUACCGGCCCUUCUUAAGGGUUGUACCAAGCUCGAGCGGUUGGAGGUUGCGUUACCCAUUCGGGACAUGACUAUAUUCACGGCGGCGAUCGCCCAUUCACGGACCCUCCGUGUUCUUGUCGACGUCGAGGCGCAUUCGACUUCUGCACAUAAUCCACGCCCGUCCCUGACGCAAGACACCGUCCGGCAUCUAUUCGUCAGUGUGCCAACGUUAGGGAAAGUGGUUGUGGAGGGAACAAGGGUUUGGACGCGCGGGAAACUUGCGAUGGGACGGCUUGGCGUUUCGCUGGACCGCAAAAUGAGCACGAGCGCGAUGGCGGGGCGGAUGGCUGGGACGGGGAUGCAUUGGUUUAUGCCGCGGGAGGCGUAG